GCCGCCCUUUCAUCCUCAGACCAGUCUGGGCGCUGCUGCGGCCGUCGUGGUCGUGGUCACUGCUGUUCCUCUUCCUGCCAGUGGCGGGGGAGAAGGAGGCUCAAAGAUGUGCCGGCCGGGGCAUCCAGCUAGUAAACAGCAAGGGCCGGCCGGUGCCACUAACUUCUGACUCCGGCCACCUCCUGGGUUGGGGGGAUGCAAAAUAGAACCCGCAUGUAAACUGCUGGGGCCAGGCUGGUGGCGGCCUCCCCGCAGGGGCCCUGAGAGCCUCUGGAGAGGACGCUCGGCCUUUCCUCCCAGGCCCUGGGGCUGUCGACUGGCCCUGGGCAGGCUGGCCACGCCGGCGGUGGGCUUUGUUCCCAUGGGAUUUGUUCCGUUUGCUCCCUGUUCAGUUUGUUCUGCUCCUUCUGAGUCCAGCCUGGGGAGGGUCAGAACCACCGGGGCCAGUGCCAGCCCAAGGUGGGUCUCCAGAGGUUGCUGGGCCCUGCUGGGCCUGCCCGUGCCCAUGCCAGUGAAAUGGAGCGGACGUGUUCCCUUUGGGGGCGGGGGUCCUUCCCGCAGCAACACCUGGGCCCCAUCAGGCUUGGCGAGGCAGAUGGGAGGGCUCAGAGGGUGGCGAGGACCGUAGCAGCUGGCCUGUGACCGAGCCUCCGGCCACGUGACCUUCCGGGGCGGCCAUGGCUGUGGUCGGCCUGUGCUCGUGGCUUCAGUAGACCUCGGCUGGGCUCCCAAAGGCCCAAGCCUGGGCUGGGCCGAGCCGUGGAACAGCGUGUGAGGCGGGGGUGGCAUCUCCCCGCGCCUUGGGGCACACGGGGGGCGUCAGGAAUAGACCCACAGGCUCGGGCUCCCACCCUGCGCCCACCCAUGGGUGAAUUUCCAGUCACUUUUCCAAAGUGGGAACAGUCAUCUCCAUUUCCCCGGAGUCCCAAUAGGACUGGGUGAUGCCCGCAGGCACUGCCUGGCACACCGCAGGGGCUCCAGGAGCAGGAAGCUGACGUGAGGCCGGGCCUCUGGGAAGUUCCACCUGCGCACUAUCCCUCGAGUGGGGCGGGGCUGCCUGUCUGAGGCCAGUGAGAAGAGGCCACAGGCCAGGCCGCUGUGCUCUGCAUGUGCUCUGCCCAUCCGCCCAGUCCCAGAGAUGGUCCCCGAGACCCUGGGCACGCGCCAGCCCCUUCGUCUUAAACCCAGGCCCUCCACUCCCCUAACUGGCUUGGGUGAAUCCCUCCACUGCCCAGCCCCUCCCUGGACCUCUCUCCCUCAUCAUGAAGACGACGUGCACAGAUGUGGCCGCUGCCAGGCGGAGUUCACCGCCCUGGAGGGCUUUGUCCAGCACAAGCUGCAGAGGACUUGCCAGCGGGCCCCUCCGGAGAUCCUGCCUGCCCCGCCUGGUGCCGCCACACUGCUGGGCCAGCAGGUGGUGCCGGCGGCGGCAGGCCGGGAGGAGCCCAUCACCGUGGCCCACAUCGUGGUGGAGGCGCCCGACAUCGUGGGUGGCGGCCACAUCAAAGAGGUCAUCGUGGGCGCCGAGGCGGAGCCGGGGGACGAGGAGAUGGCAGAGGCCCCGGGUAGCCCCCGCCGUCGGGGGCCGGGGCCGGCGGGGCCGGGCGAGCAGGCCCAGGUCAAGCUGCUGGUGAACAAGGACGGCCGCUACGUGUGCGCGCUGUGCCGCAAGACCUUCAAGACGGGCAGCAUCCUCAAGGCCCACAUGAUCACCCACAGCAGCCGCAAGGACCACGAGUGCAAGCUGUGCGGGGCCUGCUUCCGCACCAAGGGCUCGCUCAUCCGCCACCACCGGCGGCACACGGACGAGCGCCCCUAUAAGUGUGCCAAGUGCGGGAAGAGCUUCCGGGAGUCGGGCGCGCUGACCCGGCACCUCAAGUCUCUCACCCCGUGCACAGAAAAAAUACGGUUCGGCAUGAGCAAGGACGUGGUGGUGGUGGGCAAAGAGGACACACCUGCAGGGUCUGGCGCCUCCACGGUGGGGACCAUCGCAUCGCCGUCCGUGACAGGCGAGCCCAUGGACACGUCGCCGGUGAUCCACCUGGUGACCGACGCCAAGGGCACGGUCAUCCAUGAAGUCCAUGUCCAGAUGCAGGAGCUCCCCCUGGGCGUGAAAGGCCUGGCCCCGGAGCCCCCGGGCCCCGAGGAGCCCCCCGGCGCCAGCGAGGGCGGCCGGGAGAACCUUCUGCGCCAGGCCAUGCGGAACUCCGGGCUCGUGCCUGACAGGGGCGCUGGGGAGGACGCCGCCCGGCCCGCCUCUCGGCCCCCGGAACUGCCGCUGCUGGACGUGGAGCAGGUGGCCCACGAGGUCUCGGCGGCACCCAGGACCCAUCCGUGCCCACAGUGCAGCGAGACCUUCCCCACGACAGCCACCCUGGAGGCCCACAAGAGGGGCCACGCAGGGCCGCGGCUGUUCACGUGCCUGCAGUGCGGCAAGGCCUUCCCCAAGGCCUACCUGCUCAAGAAGCACCAGGAGGCGCACGUGCACGAGCGCCGCUUCCGCUGCGGGGACUGCGGGAAGCUCUACAAGACCAUCGCGCACGUGCGCGGCCACCGGCGCGUCCACUCCGACGAGCGGCCCUACCCCUGCCCCGAGUGCGGCAAGCGCUACAAGACCAAGAACGCGCAGCAGGUGCACUUCCGGACGCACCUGGAGGAGAAGCCGCACGUGUGCCCGUUCUGCAGCCGCGGCUUCCGGGAGAAGGGCUCGCUGGUGCGGCACGUGCGGCACCACACGGGCGAGAAGCCCUUCAAGUGCUACCGCUGCGGCCGCGGCUUCGCCGAGCACGGCACGCUCAACCGGCACCUGCGCACCAAAGGGGGCUGCCUGCUGGAGGUGGAGGAGCUGCUGGUGGACGACAGCCCCGCGGCCGCCGUGCUGGCGGAGGACCCGCACACCGUGCUGGUGGAGUUCUCGUCCGUGGUGGCCGACACGCAGGAGUACAUCAUCGAGGCCGCGGGGGACGACGCGGAGAGCAGCGAGGCGGCCGAGGUCCUCGGGGGCGCGCAGGCGGAGGUGGACAGCCACCUCAUGAAGGUGGUGCGGCAGAUCGUGCACCAGGCCAGCGCGGGCCACCAGAUCAUCGUGCAGAACGUCACCAUGGACCAGGAGGCCGGCCUGGGCCCCGAGGCCGCCGCCGCCGACACCAUCACCAUCGCCACCCCGGAGAGCCUCACGGAGCAGGUGGCCAUGACCCUGGCCUCGGCCAUCAGCGAGGGCACGGUGCUCACGGCCCGCGCCGGCGCCAGCGGUGCCGAGCAGGCCACUGUCACCAUGGUCUCCUCCGAGGACAUCGAGAUCCUGGAGCACGCGGGCGAGCUGGUCAUCGCCUCUCCGGAGGGCCAGCUGGAGGUCCAGACGGUCAUCGUCUAGCGGGGCUGGGGGCGGGGCGGGGGCCUUGGGCACCCUGCCUGCGCCCCCGGGGGCUGGCGCGGAGGUGCGCCACGCAGGACCGGGCGCGCCGAGGAGGCGGGGCUUGUACAUACCCAGAGAUUUUGUUGCUUUACAAUAAAAUGUGAAA